ACUUCCUGCUCGCCUUGGGCGGCCAUCGGGAAACUGCAAGUCCGGUUACUAAAGUUUUCUUUAUCGGCGCGGCCUCCCUUCAGAGUUGUGUAAGGACAGGAGCACAGAAUUUGGAGUUUAAUGUCUUGAGAACUUUACCACGUUCGUGUCUUUACGAAGAUCAAAGAAGUUAGUAAAUAGGGAAAAAGUGUCUUUGGAAACCAACAUGAACCAUACAAAUGUUCUUAUGCCAGGUUCCUGGUGAAGAGGUGAUAUUAAGGCCUUACCACCUGUGGAGUCAGUUUUAAACUUUAUCUGAAUUUUGAGGCCCAACAGAAUUUGGACUCGUCCCUCUUCACAGCACACCUGUCUACCUCUCUUGCCCUGUUAUUGCCCUCCUUCAGCACAACAAGGUGCAAGCAUCUCAGAAAGCACUUAAUGUUCCUCAGAUACCGUGCUUAUGCUUGACAUGGGGAGUGGAGCACCUUGAAAGUGUGGAAAGAUUGGAUUGAGGUGGUGCCAUGCAGAAAGAAGCAGAGAAAUGCAGAGUUCGAGCCCGAAGGCCUGACAUGGCACUUUAUAUACCUAAAGCUCGAAGGGAUGCAGUACUCCUCAAGACAGAUGAUGAGGAAAAAAGCUAUGGUCCACCUAAUUCUGUGGUGAAAGAACAAAAAGAAGGUUGUCUUUUCCAAAAGGAGAUCUUUAGAGACAAACCUGAGCCUCAAAGACUAAGUAUUAAUCCUGAUAGAAAGGAGCAUAAUUGUAGGGAAGGAAAGAAAUCUUCAACAAAAUUAAGAAAAGACACAUGCCUUCAUAGAAUAAAUAAAGAUAGAGUUUGUAGUAAGAGGGGGACCACAGGCAAAGAAGUAUUUCCCCAAGGACAUCAGCAAAGAGUCCCAAAUGCCAGGAUUUUACCUAAUGUACCUUUACAAAGACCAAAGACAGUGGAAUGUUUGGACGUUGAAACCACAGAUGAGACAGGACAUAAGAAUAUUCUUCUAUUACAGUCUUGUUCAGAAACCCGUGAGGCUCAGAUUCUAAACAAACCAUUCCAAAAUGUGGAAUUCUGUGAUUUCAGUAGGCAUGAACUAAGUGGGGAGACAUUUGAAGACAGAGAUUUGGGAAGCAGCAUUGAAUCUGAUGCCAAAGUUGUAGAGAUAGUAUCCCAGUUUCCUAGAGUUUUUAGUUCUGUAUUGAAAUCUAAGAGUAUGAUUGCACCAGUAAAACGAAGCUCUGAUUCUGGAAUUAUACAACAAAGCAUGCAGUCAUCAGAUGGAAUGUUGAAGCUCAGAAGUGCAGACAUCACUGCUAUUUCUGUUUCUGGAAAUCCAGAUGGUGUCAUUGAUCAAACUUGCAUAGACUUUGAAGCUGAGAAUGUAGAUAAUAUAGCCAACAGUACAGGUUUCAUCUUGAGUCAGAAAGGUAUAGAUUCCAUUCCUGAGACUAUGAGUCACUUCUCUCAUAAAAUGACUACAGUCAGCAAAUUAGAGAGCACAAAUGGCAUUCUUGAUUCAACAAUGAGUAGAGAGUAUGAGAAGAAUGACAGUACUGUCAAUGAGUUAUGUGUAAAGUAUGAACCUUCUGAUGCAGCUGUCCUUGCUCACAAAACAGAUACAGAUAAUGGAUUUAAGAGUGUAGGUGACAUUACCAGUAAGGCAUGUAUGAUGGACAUUACAGAUGCCAUAUGUGAUCAUAUAACUGUCAGCAGCCCUUAUGUAGUUGCAGUUAGAAUAGCUGAUGAGACCUGUAGCAGUACACACAGUUUCCCAAAAUAUACAGGAAUGAAUGCAAAUGCAGCCCCUCUUCAUGUAGCUAGAAAUGGGAAUGACACUGAAAAUUUCAACCUGACUGCUUGCUCAGAUAUUUAUGCUGAGAAUAUUUCAUCUAGUUUUACAGAGUCACCAGGAAAGUUGAUAGAGAGCUUGUCAGAUUGUGCUUCCUCCUUACCUAUAAAGAAGAUUGCUGGUAGUAAUAAUUGUAACACUUUUCUAGACUCUGAACUCAGUAUGUUAAAUGGGACAAAAUUACUUUCAGACAGUGCCUUGGGCAAUGAUCUGGAUAGUACUGGUGAUGUAACAGAGGCAUUGCAUGAACUAAGAACUGCUGAAGAGUUCAAAUCAAAAGAGCAAGAUGACUCAGAGAAUGUAGAAUUUGGUGUAUCCUUUCGUGAUAGAGAAUCAUUAUCUAUGGAAACAUCCAUGAAACCUAAAUCACCUGAAACUUCACACGAGGAGGGAAGUACUGUUACUGAGGAGAGCUGGGAGUCUAUGUUUAAUGAUGAUGGUGACUGCUUGGAUCCACAUCUUCUACAAGAGUUAUCAGGGAAUAUGAAGAACAGAGAAAGUAUCCAGGAACCUAGAUUUGAUUAUUACAACCAUAAAGUUCCUGAUAUUGACCUCAGUGAUUGUGAAUUUCCACAUGUCAUUGAAAUUUAUGACUUCCCCCAAGAAUUUCGUACUGAAGACCUUCUACGGGUUUUCUGCAGUUAUCAAAAGAAAGGAUUUGAUAUUAAAUGGGUGGAUGAUACACAUGCACUAGGAGUAUUCUCAAGCCCGAUUACAGCUCGUGAUGCUUUGGGUAUUAAACAUACCAUGGUGAAGAUCCGGCCUUUGUCACAGGCCACAAGAGCUGCCAAGGCCAAAGCUAGAGCUUAUGCUGAAUUUCUCCAGCCAGCAAAGGAGCGUCCUGAGACUUCAGCAGCCCUAGCCAGAAGGUUAGUCAUCAGUGCCCUUGGGGUUCGAAGCAGGCAGAGCAAGACUGAAAGGGAAGCAGAGCUCAAGAAACUGCAAGAAGCCCGAGAGAAAAAACGGUUGGAGGCCAAGCAACGGGAAGACAUCUGGGAAGGCAGAGACCAGUCUGCAGUAUGAACAUCACUCACUGAAAGGGAUAAUUCCAUGAAUUAGAAAAUCUUUCCACAGUCUUCAAAUAAGAGGAUCCUUUCAGCUCUGUGUACAUGCAGAUGUGCAUGUCAAAGAAAGAUAUAAAGCAAUCAGGACAAGGACUGAUGGUAUGGAAAGAAGAUAGACCUCUGUCUUCACUCCUAAAUGCCAUUCUUUGGAACUGCCUUACUGCGGUGGGCAUAGAAAGGAGCCAUCAGCCAGGAAGAAACAUGGGAGAUGUGACUUCCAAGAGUCUUCUAGACAGGGCAAGUCAUGUUAGUGUGGGUCAGACCUCCAAGAUGUUUAAAGCAAAUACAGAACAGAUCAGAGGAUUCAAACCAGCAACGAUGUGAGAUUUAGAACCUGCAAAGACAGAGCAUUCCUUAGUACCUCAUAAAGCUGAGAACAGCAAUAUUGGGGAUGAGGGAGGGGGAUGGGUAGGGAGCAGUUAGUACAGAGAGACAGAACAGUGUCUGGUGUACUUAGCAUGCACAGACUCCACACUGUCAUUUCCAGGACUCCAGAGUUGGUGAACUGCAGCAGAUGUGGCUGUUUGGACCCCAGAAUCUGCACUGAGCUCAGUGCCUGGGGCUGCUCCAGCUGCACAGCAGCCAGUGGGCAUGCCAGCUUCAUUCCUUAUAGUAAGCCAGCCUCGGGAGUUGUUUGCCAGCUCCCGUUUAUGCAGUAAUAUCAUGUUGUAAGAGGGAGACAUUAA